AUGGCGAUUGAUGUAACUAACUCCAAGGACACGCUGACCGAGAUAGGAGCUGAAGAGGAAAGUCUGGAAGACUAUGAUCCUUACAAACAUAGAACGAUCAGCAAACCGAACUCCACGUUUGGUACGUUCGUGCACGUAAUGAAGGGUGCGAUGGGCGUUGGAAUUCUAUCGAUGCCGUAUGCUAUUCGUAAUGGCGGACUGAUAUUUGGCGUUAUCGGCACGUUUCUGCUGGGAAUGCUCUACUCGCAUUGUGUGCAUUUGUUGGUAGACACUUCUUACAAGAUUUGCAAAAGAGAGCGAAUACCGAUGCUAAGCUUUGCCCAAACUAUAGACCGUGCAUGCGCUUUGGGCUCUCCGAAAAUGCGCCCUUUGGGGAAAAUAUUAAAGAACAUAGUCGAUUAUUUCCUAAUGAUACCGAUAGCGUCAAUGAUCUACAUGGUGUUCGUCGGCUCCACCAUACAUGACGUUAUCAAUGCCCGCACUGAUCUUGAUUGGGACGUUCGAAUCUACAUUCUGCUGGUCGCAGUCCCAGCGAUAGGAAUAACCCAGGUCAGGGAAAUUAAAUAUCUUGUGCCAUUUUCGGCAUUUGCCACGGCUUUGAUCUUUGCCAAUGUCGUCAUUUCCUUGUACUACAUCUUCAAAGAACCACUCUCAUUCGACGAUCGGGAUCUAUUCCCCUCUUUCGAUUCACUGACAAAGUUUCUUGGGGCUGCGUACUUUGCAUUUGAUGCAACAUCGCUUGUUUUUCCCGUCUCCAAUCAAAUGAAACAUCCGGAACACUAUCUCGGAUGUCCCGGAAUAGUGAAUAUUAACAACAUGUGCUUAGCCGUUCUGUACAGUUUUAUUGGUGUGGUUGGCUAUCUUCGGUAUGGUGACAAAAUUCAAGGAUCCAUAACGCUUAACUUUCCUCAAGAAGAAGACUUAGCAAUGAUAAUACAAAUUCUCUCAGCAGUUGCAAUCUUAUUCUCGAUUGGUAUCUUUUUCUACGUUCCUAUCGAGACCGUUUGGCGAAGGAUUCAUGAACGAGUGCCGCAGAAAUGGCAUGUUACAGUGCAGUCCCUCAUACGACUGCUGUACCUUUUAGGGAUUGUUGGAAUUGCUUGCGGUGUCCCGGACAUUGGUACUUUCGUUGGUUUUAUAGGUGCCGUUUUCAAUCCCAUCCUUGCGCUCUGGUUGCCCAUUAUUGUGGACACAAUUUAUCGUUGGCCCGAUCACUUGGGAUGGAUGAAGUGGCGAUUGGUGAAAAAUGGUUUAAUGGCAUUGUUUGGGUUGUACCUUUUAAUCACGGGAACCAUUUCCAGCGUGGAGGAUAUAAUCGAUUUGUACAAAACGGAUUGA